AUGCCGGUCGACGUCGAGGCGGCGAUGGACCCACCUCAGCCGGCAUCGGCGUGCAGCUCGUCGUCCAUAGGCGGGGACAGCGACGAGUGCUCGCCGCCGGGGAAGGAGGAGGAAGGGGAGGGGGAGGUGCAGAGCGCGUACGCGGGAGGAGAAGGAGGGGCUGGCCUCGUGGGGUUGGAGGCAUUGGAGGAGGCGCUACCAAUUCGGCGCAGCAUAUCCAAAUUCUAUAAUGGUAAAUCCAAAUCAUUUGCGUGCCUUAAAGAAGCUAUAACAUUUUCAGGCUCUGCAAAAGACAUUACUAAGGCAGAGAAUCCAUACUCCAGAAAACGGAAGAAUCUCCUUGCCUACAGCAUCAUGUAUGGAAAUUCACAUGAAACAUCAGCAGCUCAAGUUUAUGAAACUGCCCCCCCUAAGAGGCUUGCUAGUUUGAGUAGAAACUCUUUGGUGACCUUGGCUAGCAGCAGUUCGAGGAGCAGCAGCAGUAUCAGCAUUGAAGAGCACGAACUGCCCGAGCAUCUCCAUUCUCGGCGUUCACCUGAUGGUUUUAUAUCCACACCACGAUCCGGCUCUUGCGUGCCUAGCGCAUCAUCUGUGCCUAUGAGGUCGUUGUCGAUGAUGGAUUUGCAUCGUCUGCCUAGGCCAAGUUCCCCAGUUCGUCUCAAUGAUAGGAAAUACAAAUAG